AUGGAGAUGGCCGAGACCCCUAGUCUAUACCAUCGCCACCCAUGUGCUGCUCUCGAAGCAGUGCAACGUACUGGAGCAGGAAAGUACGUACUCGUCACUGGCGCGGCGAGAGAUAUCGGCAGGACAAUUGCUCUAUCAUGGGCAAAAGCAGGGGCUGCAGGCAUCGCGAUCUGCAGUCAAAAUGCAGAAGACCUAGAGCAGGUGGUCACUGAGCUCAAAAGGCUGAACUCGGCGGGAAAGGUUUUUGCUACAGCCUGCGACACCACAAGAUCAGCAGAUGUCACCAAACUAUUCCUUGCUAUUAGAGAGCAGUUUGGGAAGCUGGAUAUAGUUAUAGCGAACGUCGGUACCGCACAUUCCAGCACGAUAGGGGACACGGACGACAACGACGAGUGGUGGGCCGAUAUGACGACGAACUUCCGCAGCACACAUCUCCCGGCCCACCAAUACAUCCGUACGUUUGGUCCAGCACCCACUGGGACGUUCAUAUCUAUCACAUCUGGAACGGAUACCGUCGUAAGCUCUGGCCCCUCCUCUCAUCAGAUCGCGAAAGAUGCCGAUCGCCGCCUCGUAGAGUUCCUCGACACCGAAUACCCAGAGAUGAAAGCAUUCUCGCUUGACAUUGGAAGCAUAAGAACGGAGAGAAUGUUCGACAUGUUCGAGCCAUUCGGAUUCGAUAAUCUGGAGCUCAUUGGGAUGUUUUCGGUGUGGUUGGGUGGAGGGAGAGCGGACAAGCUCAAGGGAACCUGUGUAUAUGUUACAUGGAAUGUGGAGGAGUUGGAGAAGGAAUCAGAAGAUCUCUCGAGAAAAGACUCAUUGUUGCGCUGA